AUGCUCCCCAUCUUACCUUUUCCGCCUGUCCUCACUCGAGAAACACACGUUUACGGCGGACGGCUUCUCCAAGCUACUUUCAAGUUCACAGAAUACGUGACAACGACGAAAUCUUUGGGCGAUUAUUAUGCAGCGUCCUCCGCUUCGUUGAAUCGUUGGCGGGAAUGUCUGGCAUUAGUGGUUGGUUUCGGCAAACUAAGAAGUUCAUGUGGGUCAAUCAGCCAAACCCCCAAGCCAGCGGCAUUAAACCCACAGACCAGAUUUCCUCUGGAUGAUUGUGACAUCUCCAAAGUCUCGGAUGAAACUCUUAUCGGUCUUUUUGACACUGCGCCAGUCCUCCACUCCUUUUAGGGAACCCACAUCGUCCGCCUGUCUCGGACACUCAUUCUUAAAGGCGGUGUCAAUGCACGACCAUGUGAAGCUAGCAUUCUGAAGCUUGUUGGCGAAAAAAUCCUCAAUUCCGGUCCCCAAGGUUCAU